AAAUUAAUCUCUCAGUGACGUGUCCAACGUAGUGUAAAUAAUUACACGCGGCACCCCUGGGCCUGACGCACCUCGCCGCCACUUAUCGCUAUCGCCGCUGCACCAUGAGCCGCUGCACUGCCCGCUGCUCUGCCCCGCCGCCCGCCACCUAGCCAGUAGGGAGCCAUGUCCGUCGUGGUGUACAAGAGGCAGUCCAACAUAGACAUCAUCCCCGAGGAUGACUACUACACGGAGGCGGCCAGGAAGGAGCGGGCCUUCAGUCUCUUCGACCUGCCAGACCCGAUCUGCCUGGAGGUCAUCUCCCAGCUGAGUCUGCGGGACACUCGUGCCGUGGCUCAGACCUGCUGGGCUGGCUGGAACCACACCCGGGACCAGCUCAUGUGGAGGAAGAAACUAUGGCUAAGAGCUGGGGUUAUCAACUUGGGUUUAUUUGGUCCAAACUUUGAGCCGAACCCAAGUGCCGGUAUGCUGGUGCGAGACCCACUGUUGGUGAAUAACAAGAUGCUGUACGAGAUGCUUGACCCUGACUCAUGUAUUGAUGAUAAUGAGGAGGACCUGGACAUGGGUCACCUUCUUUCCAAAAUGACUGCACCCAACACCUCCAUUGGCUUCUCUGACGUCAUUGACCAUAUCAUCAGCAUAUUCAAUGGUGGCAACCAGCAGACAUCGUACUCUGAUCCCUUCACAAGGGGUGAGGGAGCACCAACAUUCCUCCUGUUUGGGAUGCCAGAAACCAAAGUCUCCAAGAAACUUGUCCUCAGCUUCAUUGCAUCCAAAGGCUCAACCUUUGACACUGUUGGUUUUGUCAAAGGAAAGCCUGGAGGAAUGGGCGGUGGUGUUACUGUGCGAUACGGCCACCACCUGCUGAACCUUCUGACUGUGCGCCGCGCUCGCCCUCGCCUGCUGGUACAAGACCCACAGGGCACCACCUUCCACCCUGAUGUGGCCAUGGUGAUCCCUCAAGUGGAUGGCCUCAUCUGCUACAUGGAUGCCACCUGCCACUGUGACGGGUCUCAGCGUGGCAGCAGCAGCAGCACCAGUGGCAAUGGCCAGGUGGGGGGCCAUAGCCUGGAUGUGCUGGAGCUGGAGGCAAUGAUGCGAACCAUUCCGGCCAAGCUAUCCCCACCAGUGCUGGUGUUGCUGGCGCGCAUGGAUGACCCCCAAGGCCCCUCCACUGACUCGGACCAUGAUGCUGAUGGUUGUGUGGAUCAUGGCCACCGACGAGGCCCAGCAGAAGUGCCCCUAGGCAACCCUCCGCCCAGACACCGCCCGGCUAUGCUGCACCCUGUCCUCAGCAAGCUGGACCUCCCGUGGGCGGUGAGUGAGGUGGAAGUGAAGACCUUGUCUGGCAUCCACCGGGGCCUCAACUGGCUUCUCCAUCGCACUCUCAAACUCAAGAAUGGAUAAGGUAUUCAGACUCCUUCAGUAGCUUUUGUGAGGAAACAUUACCCAUCAUUGUAGUGACAUAACUGCACAGUUAUAACACACUCAACCUUCAUUGCAGUGGCUGGAGGUGUUGAGUAGCCUCCACUGCUCUGGUCUGGUCUCCUUGUCCAGCUUAGAAGCUACAAGAUAUUGUAGCACCACAAUAACUGCCAAAGUCCAACCCUCACACAUUGGACCAAAAAGGGCUGGAAAGACUGAAGAAUCUCUAAUCUGUUAGUCUGGUGUGCCUCUUGAUUAUGUGCAUGUGGAUUGUUUUUUUAGUGAUAGAGUAGAGGCAGGUGGAGGGAUGGAGGGAAGGGACAAAGGGUUGGCCAUUGGAAGAGGGCAUGAGUACAGGGUAUGUGGAAGGGCUUCUGUAUUUCAAGAAGCCCUGGGAAGCACUAGCUUGAUUUUCUUAUGUUACUUUCUGUUAUUGAAAAGAAAGGAUUUACACGUACACCUACUAAAACCUUUUCAUUUUGGCACAGUAAGGACUUCUCUCUCUCCCACCUUCCCACUCCAUAUCAGAUUCUUCCAAUAAAAAACUUAAAAUCUGGUCAUAUUCUAAGAAAUUAUAUAUUAGUUCAUUAAGAGAUCUAGUUAUGCAUUAUUAAAAUUAGAAGGUUUUUGCCAUGACCAAAGGUGAUGUAAUUCUCUUUUCUCUCUCUCUCUCUCUCUCUCUCUCUCUCUCUCUCUCUGAGAGGUCUUGGGUUUGAGAUCCCUGGGUGGAGUGGAGAGACAAUGUGUAUUCCUUAUUAACUCAUACCCCCUGUCUACCUAUUAGUGAAUGGGUACUGGAUGUCAGUUGGGGGUUGUGUUCCACUCCCCAGGUGUGUGUGGGUGUGAGGUUUCAGUCGUACCCAGAGAUCCAGCACUUCUGAGCUCCAUGCUCAGUUAGGGAGGGUACUGGCUGGUGAUUGCGUGUCUGUUGCAUGAUCAGACCAUGGUGAAUUACACACACACACACACACACACACACAUGAAGGAAAGGCUAGAUGAAUGUAGAUGUGGAGACAGGACUAUUAGAGCUUAGCUCAGGCCCAGUAGACUACAAAUAGGUAAAUACAAAUAGAUAAAUACACACCCAGUCAUUUAUCUAAAUUCAUUCUUCUGACUUUUAUUUUCUGGUGGGAGCUGUUGGUAUGGGAUAUGGGACUAAUUCAGUUUGUUGAAUGUGCAUUCAAUUAUUUUAUAAUGAAGGAAAGCAUCACAAGUCUGUAUAAUAGUUAUACAUUUAGGAAGUUGUGAUGCAUCUCACCAUUAGUUUUGUAUUUCUCAAAAGAAAUGUUCUUACACUUUCACUCUCUAACUUAUUGGCCAUCCUUCCUUCAUCGUACACACAGAUGGACAAUACUAGACAGUAGACAAUAAAUCAACUGUGGGUUUAAUGUGGUUGAUUGGUUUGAAGCUUUAUAAUUAUCUUAAGGUGAAGUAAUAUAAAGGGAAGGUAAAUGGAGGCAUAGACUGCACCCUUGAGUUGCAUUGUUCCUCAACUUGGCCUAGACUGUACCAUGGGGUGUGCAGACAUCAGGGGAAAUAAUUAGGAAGGGUUAGUUGAUUAUAGCCAUAGCAAACUUAUUACAUGAGUGUUUUUUUAUCUAAAUGUAUGUGGUAAAUGCUGCUUAUUUUACAUCUAAUCCAGGACUUAUAAUAGAGGUUAUUCACCACUAGUUUUGCCAAGCCAGGGUCAUUUCUCCCUCUAUAUAUACUACACAGACUGCUUAGGGCAUUAAGCUGGCAAGGCAACCUUCUGGCCACAACUGACCCAUUGAUUGUUUACAUUUGAGUGUGGAUGGGGGUCUUGAUUUAGGAAAGGGGUCUCCCAGAUACAGUUCUGUCUUGGGUCUUGGGCCCCAGAUGCCUUUGAACAGAGCCGGGCACAGCCCAAGCGUUGCAUACUUUAUUGAGUUUUUCAGAGACUUAAAAGAGGCAAACUAUCCAUGCACUCAUGGUCUUGUCUGGCAGGCUGGGACACUGAAGGGUAGAUGAGAGUAGAAUUUCCAGUCCUUGAGUCAGGUUUGAGGGAGGACACAAGAAAAUUAAGGUAGAGGCAGUAAGGGAAAAACACCAUCUCUCAGUUUAAUAGGAGUGGCAAACCCCACAUAUAUGCAGAAAGUAAAGACGACCUAAGUGUGUUUGGGAAAUAUAUUACACCCAUUCUCAUUCCAAAAUACAUCCAGCUAGCCUAUUAAGUUAACAAAACAAGAGCUUAAGCUUAGUGUAAUGGUUGGCUGUGAAUAGUUUUGUUAGAUAUCAUCACUGAAUGAUUCCUAGAAACCUUUGAAAAUAGCUUAUGAAUAUUUGUGCAUUGUCUGUAGACCCUGAGUUUUGUAUAAUGAGAUGCUAAUCAUGUCACAAUCAUCUUGUUUGCCUUUCUGAUAAAUAUGCAGCUGUUUAUGAUUGUUUGUCAAGCUUGGCAUUUUUUAAAUGCUUGAUUAAUCAGACUCUCCCCUUGAAAAAAAUUCAUGGGAAAGAAGGGAAGAAAUGUCAGCUCACUUAUAUAUUGAGUAGCAACUUGGUAAAUAUUGAUGAACCAAUUUUACAAUUAACAAUUUUGUAAUUGUUAUAUACAAACAAAUCCACCACCUGCAGAGUGUACUCCUUGUUUCUCUUAGUCACCAAGAGCAUGUAAUCCCCCUUUGUUCAUUCAUUAUUUAAUGCUUGUGCUCUGUGCUUCUCCCCAAGAUUUCCAGUCACCAAAUUUUGCCUAACAUAUAAAUUUAAGAGCAGUUUGCCAGUGUCUCAACCCUCCCAGGAGGGAGAUCAAGCACUGACAAGCACUGCAUGGGAGGGAGACCCACCUGCCCACAGUGAGUUGACCUUUGACCAGUUCUCAUCCCAGAGGAUUUAUCAAUAACACUAGUUUAAAAAAUGUUAUGAUGAACUUUCCUUAUUUACUGAAGGAUAUAUAUAUAUAUAUAUAUAUAUAUAUAUAUAUAUAUAUAUAUAUAUAUAUAUAUAUAUAUAUAUAUAUAUAUAUAUAUAUAUAUAUAUAUAAUAUUAUUAUUAUUAUUAUUAUUAUUAUUAUUAUUAUUAUUAUUAAUUAGUGUGUGUGUGUGUGUGUGUGUGUGUGUGUGUGUGUGUGUUUCACUCCCUUGGAGCUGAUCUUUUCUCAUUGCUUAUGGUGAAAAUAGGGAGACAGACAUUAUUAUUAUUAUUUUUUUUUUUAGUCAGGAUAAGGCUGACUAAACAAUCGUCAAAAAAAUGCUUUACUAUUGAAAACUGGAAGUUUGAACCCAAAUACAUAGGUUCAUGGAUUGAAGUGUCUUGAACUUCAAUAUGUGUGUAAGAGAUUUGAGUCUUACUUCAUUUAAUUUUAAAACCAGAUUUAUACUGGCUGUCCUGGGACAUUAUCAUGCACAUUCCAAACCUCCCAGAGAUAGUAUUUAUAAUACAGUAUUCAUUUCACAUUAGAAUAAAAAUAGUGUUUUUGUGUUAGGUUACACCAACUUGAGUGAAGGAUGUGGUAGAAGUUAUUGUGGUAGUGUAACCAUAAGGAUGUGGACAGUCAGUAAGAAAACAGUCCUAACUCUGGCCAGAUAGCUUCUGUAAAUGAACGUUGUGCUGAGCCAUUGAUUUUGAAGGUUUACUUAGUACAAGAUUGUUAAGCCGUCUAAUGAAAGCUGCUUAUUAUUGUCCAAGGGAUGCAGCGUAAUUAAUUGAUACGCCACACUGUUAGUAAGGAUUGGGUUCCUGCACUGCCUGUUUAUAUGCAUAGUUAUGAUGUGGAUAAAAAUAUUUUUAAUGUUAUGUACAGUUCUUUUCUCAUUCUUGUGUAUAAAUUUUGUUUUUUUUAUACAGAUGCAGUAUACAGUAUAUGUAUAUUAGUAGCAGUUGAAUGGUAAAAUUCUUAUGUAUGGAUCCCUUUUCCCAGUUCAGCAGAAGUAGCAUUAUGCUAUCAAGUGAGAAUAUACAUUAUUAAGUGGGAUUAUCAUGGCACCGAGUUCAAGUUAUACCAAACUUCCUCAUGGUGUGUUGUGUGGUAUGGAAUGUGCACAGCUUAAUUUGAGUGAAAAAAGGUGAUUCAAGAGUUCUCCUGAGCAAAGUAUCUAAGACCAUAUGGCUCUGGUAGGGUUAGGGUUACAAGGGUGUGUUGCCUCUCUCACCGAACUAGCAUGGAACUGUUAGCAUGACUGUACGAUCAUCACCAUAUUGCAAAGAACCAUUUGGCAUGCUUUGUAAGCAGAUUCAACAAUACUUUUAGAAUGUACUGAAAUAAUACACUAAACACAUCAGCUUUAGCAUUGUGAGAAGCCUUCAUUACACUAGAAGUUUUUCACCAAUGUAGGCUCAAUAUUAUGAACAAGGAUUCUUUCAUCAUAUUCUUUUUUACUGCAGGCAGUAUGUACUGUGUAUAAAUUUCCAUCCAUUUUCUAUCAUAAAUGCCAAUACCACUAACAGCUGGCCAUUAAAGUGUUUUGUCUUUUA